AUGGGCUGUGCUUCGAUCAGUGGCGUGAUUGAAAGUCGCUCUUGUGUCAUGAUACAGACCUCAUCCUCGUCACCUCAUACGAAUACAGCUAUCAGCACCGGUAUACAUAUAGCUAAAAUGGUUUAUCGUAGCAACCUCAACACAGUCGCCCGUCGUAUCCCGAGCCUUAUUGCUAUCACUUCUAAGCCUCGAGUGCAGCCAUGCGUCGUCGCUACGCAAGGGAGGCUUCCGAAGGCCAGAGCGAUGACUCUGAUGCCCCAGUUCCACCGAGGCCCUUCCACCAUAAAACGACUACUGGAUGACUACGAUCGUUAUCUAUCAGGGCAUACCCUCGACCCUCAUCCCCGGGCAUACGCACCAACCUUCGACAUGCGCGAAUCGAAGGAUACCUAUCAGCUGGAAGGCGAACUUCCUGGCGUGAAGCAAAGCGAUGUUGACAUCGAGUAUGUUGACGCGCACACUAUCGUCAUAAAAGGGCAUACAGAGCAUGCGUCUGAAGUUGAGGAAGGUUCUUGGUGGAUAUCCGAACGGUCCACUGGGGACUUCCGUCGGUCGUUCAGCUUUCCAUCCGCCGUGGAUCAGGAGAACACUCGUGCUCGGUUGAAGGAUGGAGUGCUUUUGGUGACUAUUCCGAAGGUGGCCUCUACUUGGGAUGUGAAGAAGGUGAAAGUGGAUGAAUAG